AUACCCCUGCAUUCAUGCAGGUUCUGAUUACUAUGCGUUCUCUUGAUGUUCAACUCCUGUUGUGACCCAACACCCCAGAGGCGGAGCGAAUAAGCUGAGACGUCAGGGCAAAAAAAAAAAAAAAAACCAUCCUAGCCAUGCAAGCUCUCCCUCUGCUCAGCUGCUCCCAGCCCACAUCCAUGGCUUGUGUGACAGCAUCGGAACACAGAAGCCGCGUUGAAAUGCAGUUAGCAGUACAGCUGGGAGACGGGCAAGAGGCGAUGGUCCAGUGACGAAAAUGAGCUUGCCGUGAGCUUGCUCAGGUCGACUGCGGUGCCUGCCAGGGGCCCGGGGCUUCUCCUUGCAGCAGUGCCGGGGCUCGGUGCGAAAAUACCCUACGCUGCAACUCAGUUUCUCCUGGUGACUGCGGUGUUUUUUCCCCCUUCUUUUUUUUUUCUUCCCCUUCCCGUGUCCUCUUCUCUAGGAUGGCGGAGGCAGAAUUGCACAAGGAAAGGCUGCAAGCCAUCGCUGAAAAAAGAAAAAGACAGACUGAAAUAGAAGGCAAGAGGCAGCAGCUUGAAGAGCAGAUCCUUCAGCUGCAGCAUUCCAAGUCCAAAGCACUCCGAGAAAAAUGGCUGCUACAAGGAAUGCCAGCUGGAACUGCGGAAGAGGAAGAAGCUAGAAAGCGACAAUCCGAGGAAGAUGAGUUCAGAGUUAAAAAACUUGAAGAUAAUAUUCACAGGCUGGAGCAAGAGAUACAGACACUAGAAAGGGAAGAGUCCCAGAUAUCUGCCAAAGAGCAAAUCAUCCUAGAGAAACUAAAGGAAACGGAGAAAUCGUUCAAGGACUUUCAAAAGAGCUUUUCCAAUGCGGAUGGAGAUGCAGUAAAUUACAUUUACACCCAGCCCCCUGACUUGCCAAUCCUCUAUUCACGAACAACAGAAUCAUCUCCUGAGCAAGACGGGACGAGCAGGGUAGCUGCUGUGUACGCCAUGGAAAUUAAUGUGGAGAAAGACAAACAAACAGGAGAGACCAAGAUUCUCUCUACAUCAACCAUUGGCCCAGAGGGGGUCCAUCAGAGAGGAGCCAAAGUCUAUGAUGAUGGUACCAAAGUAGUCUAUGAGGUGCACUCGGGAGGUACCGUGGUAGAGAACGGAGUGCAUAAGUUAAGCUCAAAGGAUGUAGAUGAACUUAUUCAGAAAGCCGGACAAUCAAACAUAAGAGAAGGACACGAGGCAAAGGCCGGCUCGGAGAGGACUGUGAUAGCGGACGGGAGACUCAGCCACACGAAGGAACAGAUGCUCUGCAAGGAGGCAAAGUUAGAAAUGGUACACAAAGCUAGGAAAGACUAUUCUGCCGAGAGCACAGAACAGGCUCAAGUCCCCAGAGCGGAAGUCCCUGAUGCCAGCGUGGACCAGCCGGUGACCAUGAUUUUCAUGGGGUACCAAAACAUAGAGGGCGAAGAGGAGGCCAAAAAGGUGCUAGGCUAUGAUGAGACCAUCAAAGCAGAACUGGUCCUCAUUGAUGAAGACGAUGAGAAGUCCCUGCGAGAGAAGACGGUGACAGACGUGUCCACCAUUGAUGGGAACGCUGCCGAGCUUGUCUCCGGGAAGCCUGUCUCCGACACCACGGAGCCCUCCUCCCCUGAAGUGAAGGAAGAGAGCCUGGCCACAGAACCAGCUCCAGGUACCCAAAAGAAAAAACGCUGUCAGUGCUGUGUUGUCAUGUGACCGCUUCUCUCUCCUCUCUCCUUCUGAGGAGCCUCUGCUCCCUCUGUCACUCACAUAGACCUCUCUGUCCAACUAACUGCAAUACUGUGAACUGGAAGUAGACGCCUUCAUUGCCUCGCAGCUGGAUGGCUUUUGAUUUCUUUCCUCAACAGACUGAACCACGAUUUCCCCCUCUAUCAGAUGCAUUCUUUCUCUUUUGCUUUUCUUUUUUUCUUACCAGUUUUCCCAAUCAGGGGGCGAAGUGCGUGUAAUUAUAUUUAUCUUAUUUUUUUUUCCUUAUGAAGUUGCUUCUCACACACACACAUUUACUCUUUGAUGUGGGUCUAAAAAAGUGACUCAAAUUUAUACUGCUUUGUUGAAGUCUGCUGUUCACAGUUAACCACCUAUAUCCACCAGCCUUAAGUCCUUUCUCUGAAAUAGAAUAUUUGGAUUGUUUGGUUUGUUUGUUUUUAAUUCUGUGGCAUGUUUCUGAAAUGUAGUCCCAACCAUUCCCAAUGACUUUUUUUUUUUUAACAUGAGCCUUCAUUUUUAGGUCAUGAGUGAUAAAAUACUGUUGGCUAUACCUAGGUGUUAGGGAUUGAGGAUGAUGCUUCAUCCUAUUUUAACCUGAUUUAAGCUUCCAGAUUACAGUAUUGUGCAGCUACAUAUUUCCCUCAGUGAAGACUGAAAUGAACUGGGCAUGAAAAAAAUCCACGGGUCAACUGAAAUGAAAUUUAGAUACUCAUUCCAUAACCUGACUGUCAGGAACUGUCUAUCACAACUGAUGAUCUCUGUGUAUAAAAGCUGCCAUUUUUUUAAUUUUCUAAGAACAUGAAAUGAACAUUGUUUUAAGUAUUGACUUAUCUCCAGACUUGAAGGAGGCAGACAGAAACAUGAAUCUAGUUUCUAUUCUCUUUAAAAAAAAAUGUAAAUUUUUUUCUAUUAAGACAUUUGUGUGUUUUUUUCAUGACUAUUUUCUGACAUUUUAACAAAGGGAUUAUUUUAAAGAAUCUCUCUCUAAAGUGACCAUAUUUCUGAAGUAGUCUUUCCCAACCUAAGCUUGUUUUCUAUGAUGUUUCUCUUCCAUCAUGGAUGGUGCUUUAAAUGCAUUAACUGCUGAAUCUACAUACCCAUCAAAUUCAACUGAGCCCUUCCUCUGUGUUCUUUUCUUUCUGUCCAAGAUAGAGUGCUUUAUAGAUAACUUUAACAUGAAAUCUUGCCCACUUCACCACAAAAUGAAAGACCAAAAAAGCUCCAUAAAUAUUAAACUAGAGCUGAGAUCAAAUGAUCAGAUCCAAUUUCUUAGGGAAACCAAUACAAAUUUUUAAAAGGCAGUCUUGUGAAUGUAGACCUAGUACUAGCUAAAUUGGCCCCAAUGACAACUUGCUUAAUACUAGUUUACAAAACCAUUUUUAAAAAAUUUCCAGUUUUAAUUUCUUGUUCUGACAUUAAGUUUAUUUAUUCUUAUUUAGAUGAGCAAAUGCUGUUAUCUUCAUGACACCUUUUGGGUUUUUAAAAGCAAUUUAUGGCCCCUAAAUAUCUAAUGUACAGCUUUCCAGAAUAUGAGGUCUAUCAUUUUACCAUUAAUUUCACAGAUGAAUUAAAUUAAAAGGGGUAUUUUUUUUUAAUUCUAUGGGGAAACUAUAGCCACUUGUGGAUGAUACUUUGAGAAGUUCUUAAAGAUGUGGUUUGCCAAAACAACUGAAUUUGAAAAAGCUGUCUAACUUAGAAGCCAAACUUUAUUUGAAAUAAACUUGGCUAACCUCAAUUAUAUUCCUUUCUACAAACUAAUAUUUAUUUUAGAAUUCAGUGAGAUAAUCAGCUAAUGCAACUUAUAGGCAGAUACCUACCUAUAUGAAAAGAAAAAUCAUUCAGUUUAAAAGAAAUAAACUAGCUUAAAACAGAAGCAUCUUGGUUUUGACAAUACAUUAUUUUUGUGUUUUAUUUUAGAGAAGAAACAGUGUGAAAGCAUGUUGUAACUUAUCUUUUUUUAUUUAUUUAAGACUUUGUACUUUCCAAUGUGGGUUUUUUUCCAAGCCAUGAGCAGGUGAAACUGGAAUGAUAAGCUAAAUUUAGCUUUUUUUUUGCUUCUUUCUAAAAAGAUACUGAGUCUAAUUCUCCCAGGUAAAAAGCUGUGACCUAGAAGAAACUCCAACUUCCACAAGUGCCUGAGUUAUUCCUACAUAACACUUUGUGUGUUUGGAGAAUGUUUUUCACUUUGAAAUCCCCCAAAAGUCAACUAAUAUUUAGCACAGAAAAAUAACAAUUAGCAAAUUAAAUAAAUUAAGUUUCUAUUUAUAAUUGUAGUUACAAGGCUGAUUAGUCAAUAGUUUUAAAAUUAAAAUAUUCUCCCUUCUACCUUUAUUAAAGUAAUUCAUGUCCAAGAAGAAUCAUUUAUGUCUUUGAACUUUACACGUCUUAUACUUCCUAACAGAGUCUCACUCAGCUUUCAUACUCUAAGUAAUAGACAUAAUAAAGAGAUCAGAGACUUAUGAAGGUCCGAAUUGUUCUUUGCUAUUGCUCUUGUUAGAUUUUCUGCCUUCAGCUACAGUAUAAUAUUUGGUGUCAUUCUCUUCAAAGCCAGACAGUAUUCUUUACAUCAGGAGUUCUUAACCUUUUGUGUUUAUGUGUGUCAUAGACCCUUUGGUAGUCUGGUGAAAUACAUGGACCCCCUUUUCAGAAUAAAGAUUUUAAAUGUAUAAUUAAAAAUAUAUAGAUUACAAAGAAAAUUAUAUUGGAAUAGUUAUCAAAAUAUUUUAAAAACAUAUUCACAAAACCCAUGGAUACAGUCAUUAAAAAAAUAUUAAACAGUUCAAACAAGGCUUUUUGAUUCCUCCUAAAGGAACUCCUAAAGCUUAAGGCUUUUUUUUCAUCCUAGGUGAAUUUUGUAAUUUUUCAUUCUCAAGAAACAAAAUAUAGGAGGAAAAUUGGGAGAUGGUGGAAUUGUGCCUCCAUUGCCAGUAACUGUAUGUUUUACAUCAUUAGACUUAACAUUAAAAAGUUGCCUCCGGUUAUGAUAUGACAGUUCUCUAAAACUAUAUUUAAAACUGAAAUCACAGCCUUCUUGCUUGAGGCCCCCAAAGUAAUUGGACAUCACUCAGUGGCUUUCAGGCAAGCCAAAUACCUUCAGAAGUCAUUUGGGCACAUUUUGAGAUGCUAGUUUUAAAAAAAAAAAAAAGUAAUUUAUGACUCUUACCUUGGAGUUUGCAUUUACUCUUCUGUCCAGGUGAUGAAAAACAUCUGCCCAAAGGACAAAGUAAGUGUCUUUUUUUUUUUACUAAUUUUGGAGAAAUUCUUGAUAGAAAACCAACCACCUGCGUAAAACGUAAGAAUAUCCCUAGAAUUCAGGCAAGGUUUAAAAAAAAAAGCAAAAACAGUUUGCCUUCCAUCCUUCUUGCUAUAAUAUACAUUACAGAGACUGUAGAAAGGCCACUGAAAAAUACCCCAGUGGUGCAAAUUUAUUGCUUAAGGAGAGGGGAAGAAGGCAAAAGGAAAUUGGCCUGGCAUGCUUAUAACUGCAAAAGCAUAAUGACCUUAAUAAAAAAUGCCAAUGCUGUAUAGUAAAACCAUGGAUAAAUAUUGUCACAAUUUUUACUAAGAUAUAUUCUAAUUUUUACCCAAAAUGUAGACAUACAGGAUAUUUUUUUUUAGGCGGGGCAAUGGGAGUUAAGUGACUUGCCCAGGGUCACACAGCUAGUAAGUGUCAAGUGUCUGAGACCAGAUUUGAACUCAGGUACUCCUGAAUCCAGGGCUGGUGCUUUAUCCACUGAACCACCCAGGAUUUUUUUUUUAAGAGAAGGGGUGGUUCUCUCUUUAUAGAGUGGUAAAAGAGUGGUUUACUAUCUGUAAAGUAAGGAUUGUGAUAUAUGGUUUUGUCAACCAGAGACUCAUGUAGUAAAAUCCCUACUUGUGGGAACCCUAGUAUAUUGAUGGAAAAGUUUUUAAACACAGCGUUGUGUUUUCACAACUAGCAGCAUAAAGUUAAAUCACAGGUUCCUCUGUGCAUUUAAAAUACGAUGUGAGUUCCCCAAAUCCUACCUGUUCACAACUUUUUAGAAAAAAACCUAGUGCUUAAGCAAGUCAUAUCUGCUGAAUAGGACAAGACUUGAUCAAGAAGAUUUAGUUUGUCAUCUUUGCCAGAGUUAACCCAUAAAGCCAUUCAGGGAACCUGGAAAUAUUAGUCCUACUGGGUGUAGACAACUAUAGCAAAUCAGCUGGACUGGAUUUUUUUUCCAUUUCUUUGACUAAUUCACUGGUACUUUGUAGACCUGGCCUAGUCUUUUCUGAAAAUUAAAGAUUUCUAUUUUAAUAUCGCAUUGAAUUGAGCAUUUGCCUAUAGCACUAACUUGUCACCAUGAUUUCUUAUUAUGGAUCAUAAUUUGGUAAUCAAUCUGCAUUUUCAUUGUUUCAUUGUUCCAAUUAACUCACUGCAUUAAAAAAACAAAAACUUUUUAUUAAAAAAAAACCCUCUAGAAGUUGAACAUGGAUACCUGCACAAUUUAGAUUCAGACAAAAGCUCCAUUCUUUCAUUCAUUUGACAAACAUUUAUUAAUCAUCUACUGUAUGCCAAGCACUGAGCAAGGCAAUGGGGCUAUAGAAACAACCAAAAAAAGUCCCUGCCCUCAAAGCACUCCACAUCAUGAGGGAUACAGAACAAGUUAUCAAGUGUACUCUUUAAAAAUGUUUACUAGGGUUUUUCUUGGUUUAAAAGGACCUCAAUUUCUGAACUCCAUUAAAAGUUAAAUAUAUGUAGAUCAAAACUACAACAUGAAAAACUCCUUGUAGGGGAAAGAGAGAAAAUCAGAAAUGGACUGAACUGCAUGCUUCCUACAGCAAUGAACUGGUUAGCCUUAACUUUUAUAAAAACACAUUUUUCAGUGUUCAUUCACUCUUACUAAAUAGGGAGAAAUUGAUUGCCUGUGAAAUUUUUUUUUUAAUAUUUUGUGAAUUUUUUCUAAGUUUCUACACUUUGGGGUAUUGUGAUGUUUCUUUUCCCCUCCCCAUUGUCCCUCAUUCAUCUGGGGCUGUUUUUCUGCAAAGCACUGAAUUUUUAUCAAAAAGUUAAAAAAAAAAUACCCUCGGGACAAAAGAACAGAGAUACAGAAAGAAAAGAAUUACAGGGUGGCUUUCUAUUCAUUUACCUAUGGCUGAUGUACUGUAUGGUUUAUGUUUACAGAACUUAUCUGAUUUGCCUUUGUGAAGUUACCUAAAUGAAUGAUAAUAUAGGUCUGAUGGGCCAUUUGACUGUUUGCCUUAGUACUCUAUUUAUUUUUCUUCUUUUCUGUCCUUUUCGAUAAUUCAGGCUGUAUUCCAAAGCUGUAUAAACACAACAUUAUCUUUUGCAACCCCUUAGUGCAAUUAUCAGAACCCAAGACUCCUAUGAAAUGUGAUAAAAAUCCAGGAUACAUACACACACACACACACACACACACACACACACACACACACAUCCCAUGAGCACAAGUGAUGUACAGAGGUUAUAUAGUUUAGGCAAUAUCUUUGCAUCUGGGCCAGCCAUUUGGACACCUUUCUAUGCUUCCAGUUGAGUACGUGAUACCAUAAAUAUAUAGCAUGUCAGAGUUCAAAGGGAUGCCAAAGGUCACCUUAUCAAUCCCCUCAUUUUACAGAAGAUGAUAUUGGGGUUGAGACAGAGAAAAUGAUCUACCAAGUAUGACACAGUUAGUGGAAGAGCUGAGAAUAGAACCCCAGGCUAGGACCCUUGUCAUUAAUCGUGCUGCUAUAUUCUAUAUUUAGGAGGCAGUAGCUAAGGUAAAGUUUCAUUUUUCACAGUUAUACAGAAUUCCCACCAGGGUUCUCUCCCAUAUAAAAAUUUUUAUCUGUAGUGUAUGCAUUUCUAUACACCCUUAAUCCAAUAUCUAAAUGUGUGGUUGUAAUAGUCUCUGCAGUGCAAUGUUGACAGAAUGUUUAUUCCUGUUUCUGAAAGAUAUUUUGAAGGUAUGCUGAAAUUCACCUUAGUUACUGACACCCUCAUAAUAUGGUAGUGCCAGUGAAAACCAUUUAGUAGCCAACUUGCAGUUGGUUUUGCUGCUCUUGCCCAGAGUUGGUAGUAUAGCGAAAAUAUAUAUCUAGGUCUAAGAGAGCUUUUUUUUUUCUUUUUAAUUAAGCACAAUAAUAAUGGCAUGCAGAUAUAUUAAGGGAAAUCCAAUGUUGAUGUCUAGUAUGAAAGAAGGGUAUUAUUCAUUUACUUUGCUUAAUAUUAUUAAUAAUGUGCUAUGGAAAUAAGUGAAGAGAGUUAAUGAAAUGUAGUAUUUUACAUUUAUGUAUUUUUUUAAAGGAAUAAUAUUUUUCUAAUGAGAUAACAUAUUCUGUAAGCUUAGUUUGGAAGCACUGCACUCUUGACAAAUGGAAGCAUUUCCAUCCCACUCUUAGGAUGACAAUUUUGCAGUGGAGUUUACAGAACUCACCUAGGCCUUGGUUCGGGAAACAGGUUCACAAAUACCUUUCUCAGAGGGAUUACUGACCCUACCUUACCACUGAAUGAAAGCAGGUGAUGGGAUUGUCCACAGAAUGAUAGAGCUAGAAGAGACCUCAGAGAUCAUCUAGUCCAGUGUCCUCAUUUUACAAAUGAGGAAACUAAGAUACAUUGAGGUUACGUGACUUGCCUAGAGUCACCCAGGUGGUAAACAACAGAGCUGGAGCCCAAAUUCAUGCACUGGUCCCAGAUCUAGCAUUCUUUCCCACUCUAUCACUGUUUUUAGUCAACACUGACCAAAAGAUUGAAUUUUAUACCUGCCAUUAGAUGAGAUAACAUUUUUAAAAAAUAAUUUAAUUGUACUAUUGGUUAUAUCUCAUCAGUUGAACCUUUGAAAGAAUUAAUAAUAUCCCAGCAGCUAUGGAUAUCUAAUAUAUUAAUAAAGUCCAGGAAGUGUCCAAGUCAAAUUCUUUCAGCUAUUUCGGGAAUAAUAGUAUAGUUAAGGUUGAAUAAAAAAAAAAUCACCAUCCUGUAUUUUGUUGUGACAAGAUGUUUCAGAAACAUCUGUGUGCCUAAGAUAUGUCCAUAAAUGUAUAAAACCACAAUGUUCAAAUUAGAGUCUCCUAAUACCCUGCCCUAUAAAUAUCAGUGGAGAAAAAGAACAUAAAUUUUAAAACAGUCAAGUAGAGACAGAAAUGGACUGAUUCUUCUUCUCCAUAUAUGAGUGAUCUCCAAUGUGUUGUGAAAUGCACCCACAAGCUCUCAAAUUCAUUCUCUUUCUGCUGAAUGUCACCAUUCCCAAUUGCAUGUGUUCUCAGUUUUCCCCAGGUGCAACAUCAUAGCUCAGUCAGCAUUACCUAUUUAAAAAACACACACAACAACAUUUAAAAGAAGUUACCCCAUGUCUUGCAUCUUCACACACAAUUUUCCAAGCACAGAUAGCUUCUUCAAACCUGAGAAAACCAGACCCUAAAGGUUGCAUUCAGCAUUAAACCCUCUGAAUCCCCAUUGGGGAUUUAUUUUUCUCAUUCUUAGUCACUACAUAAAAUGGAAAAUAGAUCAUUUAAUAGCAGUGAGUGUUUUAUCUGAUCAGGCAAAUAGAUUCCUCAGUUGGCUUUAGAAAGUUGCCAGCAGUCUAGAUAACAAGCAUUUAUUAAGGACCUACAACAUGCUAGGCAUUGUCCUAAGUUCUGGAGACACAAAAAAGGUUAGGAAAAAAAAAAGGCCAGUGCUCUCAAGGAAUUCACAGUCUAACAAAGGAGAGAAGCCCUUCCGUGUCUCGUCCAGUUUUCUCUUGUAUGUCAUUGGGGCUCCUUUCAAAUAGGCCCCCCCUUAGUUCAGCUAUUAUUUUGACCGAGCACCCCUUUAACAGAGGCAUCUCUGCAACCAAAGUCUAGUAAGAGGAGAACUAUGCAAUUGUCCAUAGGAGCUAACUCUAACCCCGAAAGGCCUGUUUUGUCUUAGAGCUGAAAAAGAAGGAAGCAUCUCUUAGCUCAGAAAGAAAAUGAGUUUUGCAGCAGUUAGCAACAGCUAAUGCUGUAGGAGACAAAACUUAAGCCCUGGUUAGAACAAAAAGAAUCCAGUGGAGUGAAAUAAUGUUUCAGAAAAUGGAAAGAAGUUCCUGUUAUUUCAUGGUUGGCUGGUUGUUGGGGUUUUGGUGGGGGAGGGGGACAAAGGGGGGUUACAUAUUUUCCCUCCUCUCAAACUUCAAACCUAGAUAUGUUUGAUUCUUACAGGGGUUUAAGAAAAUGUUGUGUAAAAAAUGCAGCUUUACAGUGAAUGUAGGUUGUCGAUGGAAAUUUUCAGCUUUAGCUGCUCAUUUUGGGUGAGCCUUAUAUAUGUAAAUAGAUCCACUUUGUUGGGGGAGGGGGGAAAGGGGACCUGUUGUGCUCACACUGAAUUAGAAUUUCUGGCCUAGCUGCUAAACUUUGUAACCUGAAGCUUAUGUUGACCGUUCUGUCUCCUACAGAUUAAUGAUUAAAAAAAAAAAAGAUAUCAGAAAUAACACUGCCAGAGACAGUCAAACUGUAACUGUGGCUUCUCUCUUUUCCUCUGUACAGUAUUAAUAGAAAAUAAACUGCCUUUUCACUGCACCUA